AUUCCUUUAGAACCCUGAAAAUGGAAACUGUGGUUCGGCGCUGUCCAUUCCUGUCAAGGGUGUCCCAGGCUUUCUUACAGAAGGCUGGCAAAUCCCUUCUUUUCUAUGCCCAGAACUGCCCUAAAAUGAUGGAAGUUGUGACCAAGCCUGCUUCACGUGCCCUGAGUACUUCACCAGCUCACUGCCAGCAAACUGAAGAAACCACCUCUACCACUGAGAAGGCCAAAAACUCCCCAGAUGUGACUCAACAGAACAGCAGCAGUUCCCAGCAUCCUGCAAGCCACCCACCUGCCAGCCAGAGUGCUAGCCAAGCCACUGUAACUAAGUGCCCGUUCUUGGCAGCUCAGAUGAAUGACGGGAACAGUAAUGUUUUCUGUAGAGCCAGCCUGGAACUCCAGGAGGAUGUGCAGGAGAUGCAAACUGUACGGAAAGAGUUUGCCAGAACACCAGAGAAGGCUGUUGAGGUAAACUCCAAGGGAGAUGGUGAAAAGCAGAAUGGCUUGCUGAAGAAAUUCCAGGACAUUGUGUUGAAGCAGAGACCAGAAAGGGUGUCUCAUCUGCUUCAGGAGAAUUUGCCAAAAUCUGUUUCUACUUUCCAAUAUGACCAGUUCUUUGAGAAAAAAAUUGAUGAGAAGAAAAAAGAUCACACAUACCGAGUGUUCAAAACUGUGAACCGAAGGGCCCAAAUUUUUCCCAUGGCAGAUGACUAUUCGGAUUCCCAUACCAGCAAAAAGGCAGUGUCUGUCUGGUGCAGCAAUGAUUAUCUUGGGAUGAGUCGUCACCCUCGAGUGUGUGGAGCUGUGAUGGAAACACUUAAACAACAUGGAGCAGGAGCUGGAGGCACCAGGAACAUUUCAGGAACCAGUAAAUUCCAUGUUAAUCUUGAACAAGAAUUGGCUGAUCUCCAUGGAAAAGAUGCAGCCCUGUUGUUCUCUUCUUGCUUUGUUGCUAAUGAUUCAACACUCUUCACAUUAGCUAAAAUGUUGCCAGGUUGUGAAAUUUACUCGGAUGCAGGAAACCAUGCUUCCAUGAUUCAGGGGAUUCGAAACAGCAGAGUGCCCAAGCACAUAUUUCGCCAUAACGAUGUUGGUCACCUCCGAGAACUAUUGAGAAAAUCAAAUCCAUCUACUCCCAAAAUUGUUGCUUUCGAAACCGUUCAUUCAAUGGAUGGUGCUGUCUGUCCAUUGGAAGAGCUCUGUGACGUAGCUCAUGAACAUGGGGCAAUUACCUUUGUAGACGAAGUGCAUGCUGUUGGACUGUAUGGCGCUCGAGGUGGUGGCAUUGGAGACAGAGAUGGCGUGAUGCAUAAAAUGGAUAUUAUCUCUGGAACACUAGGCAAAGCAGUUGGCUGUGUAGGGGGCUAUAUUGCAAGUACAAGCUCUCUGGUAGACACUGUGCGUUCCUAUGCGGCUGGCUUCAUUUUUACCACUUCCCUGCCACCCAUGCUUCUAGCUGGGGCGCUAGAAUCUCUGAAGAUCCUAAAAAGUGCAGAGGGACAGGUUCUUCGCCGCCAACACCAACGCAACGUGAAACUCAUGAGGCAGAUGUUGAUGGAUGCUGGGUUUCCCGUCGUGCACUGCCCCAGUCACAUCAUUCCAAUCAGGGUUGCAGAUGCUGCUAAAAAUACUGAGAUCUGUGACAAAAUGAUGAGCCGGCAUAGCAUCUACGUCCAAGCAAUAAACUACCCCACUGUUCCACGUGGAGAAGAGCUGCUACGUAUUGCCCCCACCCCUCACCACACCCCGCAAAUGAUGAACUAUUUUAUUGAGAAUUUGCUGGGUACCUGGAAGCAGGUGGGCCUGGAGCUGAAGCCCCACUCCUCAGCUGAAUGCAACUUUUGCAGGCGGCCCUUGCACUUCGAAGUCAUGAGCGAAAGGGAGAGGUCCUUCUUCAGCGGAAUGAGCAAACUUGUGUCUGUCACUGCCUGAAGCAGACUGUAACCCCCUUUCUGUGUCUAGGACUCUAGUAUUCAAAUGUUCACUGUAAUCUUUUUACUCACAUUUCUUGCAUUUUAAUCAGUAAUCUAAGUAUACAGCUCCUGGAAAAU